GUCAGGGUGGCCUAACUGAUAGAUGAGUGGACUCUGAAGACCAGGGCCAUGGACACACAAAAUUUAGAGAACGCAGCCGUAAAGAUUCAGUCCUGGUGGCGUGGCAGCAGGGUGCGCCGGACAUUACUGCACACAGCACUCAGGGCCUGGGUCAUCCAGUGCUGGUGGAGGUCGAUGCAGGCCAAGAUGCUGGAGCAGAGACGGCGCCUGGCACUAAGACUCUACACCUGCCAGGAGUGGGCGGUGGUGAAGGUGCAGGCACAGGUUCGGAUGUGGCAGGCUCGCAGACGGUUUCUUGAGGCACGCCAAGCGGCCUGCAUCAUCCAGUCUCACUGGCGCUGGCAUACCAGCCAAACCCGGGGCCUGAUCCGGGGCCGCUAUGAGGUCAAAGCCAGUCGGCUGGAACUUGACAUCGAAAUACUCCUGACCUAGGGCGCUAGUAGAGCCAAGGAGACUGGAUCUCUCUACCAAUAAAGACACUUACUGAGCACA